UUUGUCAAUUAAGCACCAUUUUGCAAUCUUUCAAUAUAUACCAACAAACCAAUAGUUGUCUCAUGGAUCUUUUCCAUCUGCAAGAAAAUUACACACUAGUUCUUGCAACUUGUUUCAUAAUUCUAGUCAUCUACUACUUAUCAUUCUUGUACAAAACCAUUACUACCCCACCUGAAGCAAGUGGUGCAUGGCCUAUAAUAGGCCACUACAAAGUUUUUAAUGGUCCUAAUCUUCCCCAUGUAACCUUGGCAUCCUUGGCUGACCGAUAUGGACCCAUCUUUACCGUCCGGCUUGGUGUACGCAAGGUCUUGGUGGUGAGUAAUUGGGAGAUAGUUAAGGACAUCUUUACUACCCAUGAUCAGAUUGUUUCCGACCGCCCGAAUUAUGUGGCUGCAAAUAUUUUGGGACGAAACGGUGCUUCUUUUUCAUUCACUCCUUAUGGUCCCUAUUGGGUUGGAAUACGUAAAAUCAUCUCCCAAGAGUUGCUUUCUAAUACUCGGCUCCAGAAGCUUAGGCAUGUUGGAGAGAUUGAACUAGAAAGAGCUAUUAUCAACAUCCAUGAGCUUUGGAGGGAGAAGAGAGACGAGCAAGGGAAAGUGUUGGUGGAAAUGAAGAAAUGGUUUGGGGAAUUGAAUAUGAAUACGAUGCUCAAAGUGGUUGCUGGAAAGCGGUACACCGGAGGUGAUGGUGAAAUAGAUGAGGAAGAAAUGAUAAAUUGUCGUGAAAUCAUAAGGGAGUGGUUUCACUACUUCGGACAUUUUUUUGUGGCUGACGCUCUUCCUUUUUUGGAUCGGUUGGAUUUGGGCGGAUAUAAAAAGGCAACGAAACAAGUUGCAAGGGACCUAGAUUCCAUGAUUGGGAAAUGGUUAGAAGAGCAUCGCCAGAAAAGAUCUUCUGACAAUGCGGGAGAGGUGAACGACUUCAUGGAUGUGAUGAUCCAAGUACUAGAAGACGAUGACUUAGCGGGUUACAAUGCUGAUACAGUCAUUAAAGGCACGUGUGAGUUUGGUUCUCUUGUUUAUGACAAUAUGGAUUCUUCUUAUAAUCCAAACUUGUCGUCAACUCCCGCUGCCACUCGGUCAUCAGACUUCCAACAAAGUGGUAUCAGAGCAACGAAAGGGAAGAUGCCGAUGACUGAUCUGAAACCGACGUCCACUAUGUUGCCUUGUCAACACUGCACAGAUGAAAUGAAGAACAAUAAUAAGCGAUUUCAGCGAAUAAAGACAUGUUUUUACUGUCACCAACCGGGGCAUCAAAUUUACAAGUGUAAUAAGAAAGAAACAGAUGAAGCGACACAGUUAAUCCGGCAAGCGGUGAAUGCGGGUAUACAGAAUCAAAGAGGAGAUUUCAGUAAUCAUCAAGAGAUGAUUGUAGUGGGUACCGAAGGCGGGCUAUGGAGCGAUAUUUGGUACGUUAGUUCUGUAUUUAAACACCAUAUUGCCGGAAAUUUAAACGUGUUUAAACGAAUUAAACACAUAAUCGGGGUUGAUACACAAACCGGGGAAAAUAAUUUCUUAUUCACACGUGGGGUUGGUUCGGUUGAAAUCAAAACAGGAAAUGAAACUAUGAGAAUUCAAAGUGUUUUCUAUUCACCGGAAUUAGAUAGGAACGUUUUGAGUAUAGAUCAAUUAACCAUGCAAGGUUUUACCGUUAACAAAAACGGUGAUACUUGUAAGAUCUAUCCGAUGUUCUCUACCCCGGUUGAUAACUCUAUGAACGAAACAAGUGGAUUAACAAGAGAAGAAGAAAUAGGGUUACACGAGAAACAGAAUAUUAUCGAAGAAAAUGUGCACGACAGUGAGUUUAAGGAAAGGUAUCUAAAUUCAUAUUUCGAAGAUCUGGAUUUGUCCUCACACGAAACAGAUUGGAGUAUGAUGAUUGUCAAGAACAUGGAAUUUAAUGAAUUUGAUGACUGCAUUGCAUUCAUAAAUUUAUUAGAUGAUCGUGAAUUUGUGAUCAAGUAUAAACAUAUGCUUGAUUCAAAAUUUGAAGAAUUAGUUAAAUGGUUUUUAUUUAACUAUAUGGAAAUCACGAGUCGACCGGUUCCACCAGUUGCUUUGCAUAAGAGAAAGGUUAAUCUAUUAAGCCUAUACUUGUUGGUAGCCGCGGAUGGGGGAUACAAAACAGUAACAACAGAAAACAUGUGGCCUGCAAUAGCGAAGGAUAUGGGUUUUAACUACGAAGACGGAGAUUACAUGAGAACAACAUAUGCCAUGUAUCUCGAUAUCUUGGAGUAUUACUAUAGUUUCAAUCAAUUUCAGAGGAAAAUGCAGGAUAAAGAGGUUGUUGUUGAAGAAGGCAGACUUACCGAAAGUCAGCAGAGGGUAUCUACCAAUGCAGAAGGGGUUCAACAAGAAAUUGCACAAGAAACUGCAGGAAUGGGACAAGCAGCGCUGUUCACAAGCAUUGACGAUGAAGAUUGGAACAAAGGGAAGAGGAGAAAGCGUUUCAAUUUUGAUUAUGCAAGGUGGGCUGUGGAAGAAGCAAACAAGAGUGUGCUGGAUCGGUCAAUCAAACAUAACCUAGUUUAAGGGGGGUUAUGUUAGAAAUAUUAAACUAUGUUAUGUUAUGUAAUUAAUUCGUAUGGUCAGACUUAUAUUUAGAUUAGCUUAUUAAGUUAGUUAAUGAUAGGAUUACUAAUGAUCGGAAGAUAAGCGGGAAUUCUUUUCAAAAUAACUGCAAAUAGGUUACCCGCCUUAUCUUAACCGCCAAAACUGAUAUGUAUAAAUAUGUUUUGCCGGGAACCAUAACCGGCAUCAAGACAUUCUUAUUUUCCACUAAGAACUGUCCAAUUCCUUUCUGUUAUUCAUUAUUCUCAAUCGAUAAUGCACAUUCAGUUUGGUUCUCUUGUUUAUGACAAUAUGGAUUCUUCUUAUAAUCCAAACUUGUCGUCAACUCCCGCUGCCACUCGGUCAUCAGACUUCCAACAGAUACAACAUCUGUCAUGCUAACAUGGAUGCUUUCGUUACUUUUAGACAAUCACUAUGCUCUCAUAAAGGCUCAAGAAGAACUAGACACGCAAGUGGGAAAAGAUAGACAAGUAAAUGAGUCAGAUAUAAAAAAUUUGGUCUACCUCCAAGCUGUAUUAAAAGAAACUUUUCGGUUAUACCCAGCCACAUUCUUAAAUCCACCUCGAGCCUUUACGAAAGAUUGCUCUAUAGCGGGCUACCAUGUCCCAAAAGGCACCUGGCUACUGAUCAACACUUGGAAGCUCCAGCGUGAUCCAAAUAUAUGGUCGGACCCAAGCAACUUUAUACCAGAGAGGUUUCUAUCUCCAAACCAUAUGAAAAUUGAUGUAAAGGGGACGGAUUUUGAGCUGAUCCCUUUUGGAGCUGGAAGAAGGCGUUGUCCGGGAAUUAAUUUGGCCGGUCAAACUUUACAUAUGGUUUUAGCCACUUUGCUGCAGAACUUUGAUCUGUCGUCUCCAAAUGAUGCACCAAUUGAUAUGAGUGCGAGUGCUGGAUUGACAAACGGCAAGGCAACUCCGCUUGAAGUCCUCGUUUCACCACGUUUGCGUGCAAGAAUAGAUGUAUGAGCAUGUGAACAUAUUUAAAGCCAGUCUUGAAUUUGGUGUAAAAUAUUGUGCCUUGUUGAUCAUAUCGUUUGGUAUUUGUUUAAAACUACUCAUGGAGAUCGAAAUCGUAUUGUUUUAUUUUAUUGUAUUUUAUUUUAUUUUAUUUUAUUUUAUUUUUUUGUAAAGUGUACAUUUCAUCUAAUGAUGCAAGUUCCAGAAGAUUGAUUUGGCCGUGUCUUAUUGUCUUACAAGUCUUUUUAGACUUGGCGGAUAAUGCAAUGCAUGUUUGGUUAAUACAGUGCGCGUUAACUUCAAUAAUUACAGUUACAAUCAUUUAUUUGGAAAACUCAUUACGUUGUACGUCCUUUAGCACUAACUAGGUUUAAAAUUUCAGUAUGGCAUGUGUCUUGCACAAGAGGAUAUGUUAGUAAUUUAAGAAGCAUAUUUAAAACAUGUCUUCUUUUUCCUUUCACUUUCACAACCACACAAUACAAACCCUUAUCCCUUUCUCUCUCAUGUCUCUCUCUCUAGACAUAACCGGCCACCACCCUUGGUGGCGGAGCCACGGUGGUAUGUCGGUGGUGUUACGCAUGUCCUCGAAAGAACCCACCACUGCCGCCCAUCAGACCCUCGAAAGAACCAUCAAUGUCGCACAACAGUUUUUCAGAUCACAGGUGUGGCAAAUAUUUUCUUCAUGUCUUUGAAACAUGACUGCUUUGACAUGAAUCUUUGUCGUUGAUUGAGGACAGUGUUUUUAUGACCGAGAUCGAGGUUCGACCGGAGAAAGGAUCGGAAUCCACAAGAAGUGAUACGUGGUCGAAUAACGGUGUUUGUAAUUGCAUAACUUUAUGUUUUUACAUGGGUUUUAAUUCCGAAUAGCCUACUUUUAAUUAAAAUUGUGUUUUGCAGGUUUACUGAAGUUUAAGAGGCUUUCUGGAAGCUUUACGGGUCACCGGGACGAAAAACGGACCACCGGGAUGCGAAACGGAUCAACUGGGAGAAGGGAAAUUUAAAAAGAGUGGACGCCCCGUCUGGAUCUGUACGUGUCUUCUAUGUUGAGUGGCAACAUUUAUUUGUUUACAAUUUGAAUUUGGAAAAGUUUUUAUUUAAUUACCAUUAUACCCCUGAGAUACCCCCAGUAUAGGCCUCAAUCAGGGGUUUAAAGGUAAUUUUCGAAAGUGGACGCCACGUACAGACCUAGACGCGUUAUAUACGAUGGGCGGUAACUUUUUGUGUUUUUUAUUUUUGAAUAAUUAAAAAAGGAAUUAGGAAAUUACCAUUUACCCCUGAAGUGCCCCAGUACAGGCCACAUUCAGGGGUAAAAUGGUAAUUAACCAUUUCAGAAAUAUCUUUUUGGAAUGUUUAAUUACCAUUUUACCCCUGAAUGAGACCUAUACUGGGGGUAACACAGGGGUCCGCGACGGAGGCGACCACCGCUGGUGGUUCCGCCGUAGGGUCACCCGUAUCUAGAGUUUAUCGACGACACCGUCGCCUCCCGUCAUUGCCAGAAGCUUAGGAGGAUGCACAUUGGAGCGCAUGCAACGAUCGACUGGGAUGCGAUAGAUGAUAUUAGUGUGACGCCUAGAGUGCGUCGGUUUAUACUUGUGGAUUUGCCGUGGCAUUGUCUUUUUGAGUUAGCGCACACGCCGAGCUACAGGGGGUUGUUGAUCGAGUUCCUAUUGACAUUCACAUUUCACCCUCCUCGAGGCGAGCAGCCGCCUGCACAGCCAGAUGCUCCUCCCCCUCUGCCUGAGGUUUCUUUCAUGCUUGCUAGCGUUUGGCGUUCGAUGAUGCUAACACAGUUUGUGGUUCAUUGCGGUUUAUACAGGGAGGAGGAGAUCGAGACUGACUUUUAUACACGGGGGCUAGUGGUGGUUGAUAGACCCACUCUUUCAGGGUUUUGGCAGGUGAUUACGGCCGUGGAUACUUAGGAGCACGACAAGUCGAAGGGGAGGGCUUCAUUUAUUCGUGACCCAUUGUACAGGUACACAUGUUUAUUACAGUAAUUAUUGUGAUUAUGUGUAUUGUUUAUUAAUUUUUGUUUCUGUAUUUCGUUAUCACUAUCUGCAGGUAUAUCCACCAUAUUCUUGCUACUUCUAUUACAGGUGCGGCUACAGCCGUGAGUGGUGUACGACAAUAGAUAUUUUUUUCUUUUAUUGUUUGUUGUACAGGACGCCGUGCGCACUAGCACACAGUCUAGCCCAGUACUUCGCCUCCACCCAUCACCGGCAGGAGCGCGGAUUUUUGUAUGGCGGCGCAUAGGUGACCGUCAUUGCCCGUUCAUUGAGCCUCAUAUAGGAACAGGGCCCACUUUUACGGGCGCCCGUCAUGCCGACGCGGAUGGGUUUUCAGUCGUUGUGCGGGAUGGGACUGAUUAAGAGGUUCGACGUCAUUGGUGUGUGGUUUAAAAACCACGCAGGCGUCUUAUGGAUAGCGCAGGACCUACCAGAGCAGUUCGAUCUAGUCUAUCCUCCUUCAGAUCCUGCUGUAGUGCUCGUGCCGGACCCUCCGAUGAAUUUAGACAGUCCAGCGAUGCCACAGCCACCACCACCUCCCGGGGCGCUUAGUUUCCACGUCACGUUAUUCCAGGUCAUUGUCCGGGAGCUACAGUACAUCCGGAGAUACGAGCCGAGCUUGACAGGCUCAACGAUUUGAUAGGUUGGUUGGUUCGGGCUGAGCAGGAUAGACGAGAGAGAUAGGGGUUACUCCCAAUACCGCUAACAACACCUCGAGCACCACAUUAGCAGCAGCAGCCAGAUCCAGAUUCGCAUGAGGCAUAGACCAGUGGUAGCUUUUAUUUUUGUUAUGGAUGUACAAACUUAUCUUAUAUAUUUUUGUUAUGGAUGUACAAAAGUUAUCUUA